AUGAGAAAGAAUGUCACUUCCUAUUUGCCUGACUUCUUCAUGAGAGUGAAACGGUUCAUGAAAACUCCCAGCAUUCCUGGGUAUGAACGAAUCUCAAGGGCCAGCCUCUCAUCUGACAUCAACUUCUACAGGCCUAGCAGCCAAGAGUGGAAAAUGCUGCACUUCUGGAACCAUCGCCUCCACUGUGGUUGGGAGCGGUUGGCUGAUUUCUCAGCUGCUUCUGCAGCAGAGGAGAGUUCCCAUCCCGCUGUGCAGCCAUGA